AUCGUGUGGUCGGAGGGCGCUCACUGUUACCACAGCGCUAAGGAGACAGAAAAAAUGGCGGACACCAGGGAAAUUUGUCCGCACUCCUUUCCGUGUCGAGUCAGCUGUUCGGAAAAUACCUUUUUUCGAGGGAAGAUUUUCAUCCUUUUCUGUAUACUGCUAGUGGACUCCGGAGGAGCGACGACCCACUGGGUUGUCACGGAGGACGGAAAAAUACAACAGCAAGUUGAUUCACCUUUGAAUCUCAAGCAUCCGCAUGACGUGGUGAUCUUCAUGAGACAAGAGUCCCGCGUUAACUACCUCAAGAAGUUGGAGAAGCAGCUUGUGGCGCAGAAGAUUCACAUUGAGGAGAAUGAGGACAGGGACACAGGCCUGGAGCAGCGGCACUACAAAGAGGAUGCAGACUGCAUUCUGGCCAAAGUACCCUUGGGGGACCUCGACUUGUAUGAUGGCACUUACAUCUCCCUAGAGAGUAAAGACAUUUGUCCUGAAGACUAUGUGGAUUCACUGUCAGCUCUGCCUCCAGAUCUAGAAAAGCCAGACUGUGCAAGAGUGUUACAGCUACCUUAUAGUAUCCAUGCCUUCCAACAUCUCAGGGGUGUUCAAGAGAGGGCAAAUCUUACCUCCCCAUUGUUGUCAAAGGAGGAUCCAAUUUUUAGCUCCUUGUCACAUAAACUAGGCCGCAGUAUAGAUGUGGUGGGCCAUCACAUUCAUCAGGCAUUACUGAAGAAUUCAUCAUCAUGGGUACUGUACAACAUGGCUUCAUUCUAUUGGCGCAUGAAGAACGAGCCUCAGAGGGCAAUGGACUGUGUGGUGCGUGCUCUGCACUUCUCACCAAGGCAGCAGAAGGAUAUAGCCCUGGUUAAUAUGGCCAACAUCCUGCACCGCGCCCAUUUCUCAGCAGAUGCUGCUAUUCUAGCUCAUGCAGCCCUGGACCUAACAUCUGACCUGUUUACUGGCCACUACACUUUGGGCAACAUUUAUGCUAUGCUUGGGGAAUACAACCACUCAGUGUUGUGUUAUGAGCAAGCAUUACAGGCCCAGCCAGGCUUUGAGUUGGCCCUGAGGAGGAAGCAUGCCGUGCUCUGCCAGCAAAAGCUUGAGCAGCGCCUAGAAGCCCAGCACAGAUCCCUGCAACGAACCCUGAAUGAGCUCAAGGAGUAUCAGAAGCAGCAUGACCACUACCUUCGCCAACAGGAGGCACUAGACAAACACAAGCUUUUGCAGGAAGAGCAGAUCUUGCACAACAUUAUUCAUGAGACCCAGAUGGCCAAAGAAGCCCAGCUUGGAAACCAUCAAAUCUGUCGACUGGGUAAACAGCAGCGUAGCCUCCAAUGCCCCUUUGACUUGCCUGUGCGCUAUCACCGUGGUGACCUGUUUGAAAAUGUCCAUUAUGUUCAAUUUGGAGAAGAGAUAUCCGUAGCAUCUAGUGUGGCAAUUGUGUCCGAUCGCAGUUCAAACCAGACAACACACAGCCCUCUGCUCCAUCCUUCAGUGUCAGGCAACCAGGACCCUGUUGCUGCACUGUGGGGCAGCCGUCAUGAUUAUACACAAGAUGUGCAGAGGAUGUUGUGGCCACAGAAGACAGACUGCAUCAGUGAAUACCCAAGUGUUCCUCCCGUGCACUUGCUACCAACAUACCACCUUUUACAUGAAACCAAGAGCCAGAGCUCGGAAGCAACUUUCCUCUAUCAGAGGCAUAGCCCUCCUCAGGCACUGGCCCUGCCAGUCUGUGGUCCUGUCUACCAAGAAAAUUCUGCCUUCCUGCCUACUUCACUAGACUGGCUUCUGGAAGAAAAAUCACUGCCAGAUCCCUUUGCCUCCCAGAUAUUGCAGUCACACAGUGGUGGUUGGACAUUGGAGGAGAUUGGUUCUCGAAUUGCAGAAGCAUUGAAACAAGACACAAUAUCCAACUGGCAGGUCCACAAUGAGGCCUCGUUAUUCUGGCGGGCCCAGGGAAAUGGUAGCCGUGCCCUUCAGUGCCUGCGCCACAUGUUGAUCUCAGCCCCGCCUUCCCACCGCCAUUUGCCCCUCACCAAUGCCGCUAACCUGCUGCUACAUUAUGGAUUGACCACCCACGCACAAACACUGCUGGAGGAAGCCUUGGCUCACAAUGCAACUGAGCCUCACAUUCUCCUCAGCCAGGUAAGCUUGCAGUUGGCACAGGGCAAUGUGACUGGAGCUUUGACCUUGUUUCGCCACACCCUGGACAAAGCCGUUUCCUCCUCCGCUUCUUCCUCAUCCUUUGCUGGCUGUGAACAGUGCCGUGCCAGCAUACCUCUUCUGCGUUGCCUGCAGUUCUACCCAUUCCAUUACAAUCUCUCAAAUCAACAGUCCUGCUCACAGGGGGGUUCUUGCGAGCCUCAGGAUGACCUCAUUAUACAGCUGGAAGAGUGGGAGGGCGGUGAAGAAAAGCAGGAUGCAUCCUCAUUCUCAUCCAUCGAAGACUCUUUGCUCUUUGAAAAGGUUGUCUUGGACACAAAUGGGUCUGGUGAGGUGGCGGGAAAACAACAGGCUGCUCGCACUUCCUCAGGAAGAACCCCUCCGCUUGGAGAUGGAGGACUGGAAGGUGAAGAGGAGUGGCAGCUGAAGGAAGACCUGAUGGGAGCUUUCGAGGGGGCUUUGGAUGUUGGUGGAAAAAGAGGCGACCUGCGUGGAAUCCGGGUGCUUAAGAAUGACCGCGUGAUGGGGGCCCGUGGUGGUGGGGGUCCCUGCUUUGGAAACUGCGAGGAUGAUGAGGGUUCAGAAUGGAUCACUUUUCAAGUAAAGAGAGUAAGAAAGUCAAAGGUGGAUGGGACAGAGAAUGUGGCCAUUUCUGAUGAUAGCCAGAGUGGGGAGCCAUUGCCUGUUGGCCAUUCUGUUUUGGAGAUCAGUGGGCCAACUAUCCCAUCACCAGGUCCUGCAGGCCGCUGGAGGGACUACUCAAGUCUGGGCUGGCCAGGGCCGGAGGAGUGUCAGCGGACACGAAGGGUUGAUCUAACGACUGUAGCAAGCACCUGGUUGGCUGUGUCAGCCAAGAACAUUGACAUCACAGAGCAUAUAGAUUUUGCCACCCCACUCCAGGAGCCAGCUGUGGAGCCUUUAUGCAAUGCAAACCUAGCUGCCAGUAUGCACACCCUCGACCACCUCGCAGGCAUGGCCAAUAGAGCCGCCAUCCACUACACAGGAGAGAGUCAGCUGCGUGAGGUCCUACAAAACCUUGGUAAAGAGAAGUUCUCUCCUCAGUCUUUUGAGCAGGUGGGGACUCGCAUCGCUAAAGUAUUGGAGAAGAACCAGACAUCAUGGGUAUUGUCCAGUAUGGCUGCACUUUACUGGAGAGUGAAAGGUCAAGGGAAGAGGGCUAUCGACUGUCUGCGACAGGCCCUCAACUAUGCCCCCUAUCACAUGAAGGAUGUGCCCCUUAUCAGCCUUGCCAACAUCUUCCAGAAUGCUCGGCUGUGGGAGGAUGCUCUUACUGUUGCUCGCAUGGCAGUAGAAAUUGCUCCACACUUUGUAGUCAACCACUUCACACUUGCCAACGUCUACAUAGCAAUGGAGGAGUUUGAGAAAGCAAUGCACUGGUACGAGUCGACGUUGAAGCUGCAGCCAGAGUUUGCACCUGCCAAAGACCGACUGAGAACCAUUCAGUGUUACCUGCUCACCAAGAGGGAACGUCGCCAUCCUUAAACCAGCAAACAAAGAGCCAACGGUCAUGCACACAAUAGAUACAGAACACACAAACAUCCAGGCAAAACAACGUCAUUACCAGCCCACAGUAAACGUGUGUAAAAGAUACAUGACGUGUAUCUGCCCCAACAGUUAUUUGUAACACUAAAGCAUCUCAUAUAACUCAAGUAUAAUGCUAUAAUAAUUACAUUCUGUUUAUGAACAUGGAAGGGAUGAAAAGUCUUUCAAAUAGCCACUGUUGGUGAUGACAUCUUAAUAUCCGUGCAAGAGUUGGCAUCUAAAAUAAAGGGAAAAGCAGAAUAUUGUACUAGAUUCAUGGAGAAUACACACAUACUGAAAUGUGUGAAUUGUGUGGCCAGAAGACAGAGUGCUGUGUUUUAAAUUAUUUUAAUACAUUUUAAUUGGAAAGGUUAUAAUUAAGUGACUGCUGAAAUGGUACAGAACAUACUCAGAGGUCACAUAAGUUUGGAAAACGUAUGCCCUAAUUGUUUUGGAUCAUAAAAUGGCCGGAAAUACUUAUAUUUUUGCACUUUUGUCAUCAUUCCUAUUUAUACGGGACCUAGAGCCUGAUUUUCCUCCAACCUAAUUUCAUGAAAAAAUAGGGAAAUUACAGUAAUUAUGCUAGAAUGCUAUAUUUGCUUCUAAAGGUAAUCAUCAGCAGCAAAAGAUUUUCUUCUGACCCUCCACUAAGAACAUUCGCACGUGGAAUCUGUAUGAACUGUACAGUAUUAAAGGCCAAAUGUGGAUUUCAUAGCGUUGGCUUUGCAUCAUUUCUAUCUCCCUGGAACAAUCAAAAGCACCCAGCCUUCAAACGUAAAAACUAUUUUGCUACUUGGACUUCUCAAUGAACACUUGCUUGUAAACCUGUUUUUACAAUUUUCAACUGACCACAUGGUGGCACUAUCAGCCUUUAUUCUACAAACUUCUAUAC